AUGAACUUUAUUAAAAAUAUCCUCGAUACACUCUCGUAUAUUAUUCCCACUCCUAUUUCACCAAAUGAUGAUGUUUGUACAACUGCCGACAUUGAAAAUCUGGAGGUAUUCGGUCUUAUCUGGCUUGAUUCGAAUGUUAAAGAACCUAGAGAAACAGAACAACAAUUGCGUUCUAUUAUUAAUCGUUUGAAAAACUUUCAAGACGUAAAACAAUGUCAACAAUAUAUUGAAGAAAGAUCAGAAAACGAUCGACUAGUACUCAUUGUUAGUGGUCGAUUAGGUAGAGAAAUAGUACCUUCUAUUCAUAAACUUCGACAAGUCAUAUCAAUUUAUGUAUAUUGUAUGGAUCAGAAAGGUAAUGAAGAAUGGGCUUUGAAAUUCGCAAAGGUGAAAGCUGUUAUUGUUAAACUUGAUGAACUUGUUUCUCGCAUUAAAUCAGAUCAUGAAAUUCAAAAAAAAGUGGAAGAACCAUUAUCAAUGAAUAUUUAUACAACAAAUGCAGACAAAUCAACAAUAGGUGUCCAAGGUGAAUUUGUUUUCUUUCAGGUUCUUAUUGAUUGUCUUCUACGACUAAAAUCUACUGAUGCAGACAAAAAUGAACUUAUUAAAAUCUGUCAAUAUUCUCAUAAAGGUAAUUCGAUUGAAUUGGAUAAUAUUCGUGAGUUUGAACAAGAUUAUUCAUCUGAUAAAGCCUUAUGGUGGUAUACAAAAGAAUCAUUUUUUUAUAAAACACUUAAUGGAGCUCUACGUACUCGAAAUAUUGAUAUGAUGUUUCUAUAUCGUGCAUUUAUUUCUGACAUUCAUCGCCAAUUACAAGCAAAUCAAGCUAAGAAUUGUUUACAAGUUUAUCGAAGUCAAAAAAUGUCAAGUGAUGAACUUAAAACUUUAAAACAAUCUAUUGGUCAAUAUAUUUCGAUAAAUUCAUUCUUGUCCACUAGUACUGAUGAAAAGCAAGCUCGUUCAUUUCUUGGUGUUGCUGAUAAAUCAUCCGAUUUACAAAGAGUUUUAUUUAAAAUUCAUGCUGAUCCUAAAAUGGUUACAACCAAACCAUUUGCUGAUAUUAGUUCAUUGAGUUUUUAUUCAACUGAAGCCGAAGUGCUAUUUAUGCUUGGUUCAAUUUUUCGUCUUCAAAGUGUUGAUCGUGAUCCUGCAGAUGGUCAUAUAUGGAUUAUUAAAAUGAGUUUGUGCGGGGAUGAUGAACAUGAUUUAAAAAAUGUUCUUAUGUAUAUGAAAGAACAAACUGGAAGUGGAGAAACAAAUCUUCAAACAUUAGCGAACGUAUUGUGGAAAAUGGGCAAAUUUAAUUUCGCUAAAAAAUAUUUGGAACGGUUUUUACAACAACUGCUACCAAACGAUCCUUUACGUGCCACUUUAUAUGAAGAUCUUGGCAACCUUACAUCACAGGCAGGAGAUUUUAACACGAGUGUUGAAUGGCAUCAAAAAUCAAUAGAAUUCAAAACGGAAAAUAAAUUACCUAAUGAUCCUAUUGUUCCAACACACCAACCAUCUACUCAACCAUUACCUUCUAAUGAAAGGCCAUGUAUGAAUGGUGUUCGAUGUUACAAUCCUAACUGUAGAUACUGGCACCCUGAAGAACGAAGUAUUUGUAAUGAAAGGGUGCAAUGUAUCAAUUAUGAGUGUAGUGAUAUCCAUCCACCAGGUCGUGCACGAAAAUGUCAAUAUGAAAAUCAAUGUAAGAAUAAGGGUAAUUGUCAAUAUCUCCAUCCGACUAAUCAACCUAACUCACUAGAGACACGAUCAUCCGAGAUUAUAGAGUUGAGUGAUGCGAAAUGUGAUUUCCUUAAACGUUUUGGUGCCAAUAUCUUCGCUACGAUACGAAAAAAGCCAGGUAUUACAGAUAGAAAAUUUACAGAUCGUAAACUUUGGCUAUCUGGACGUAUGGCAGCAAUUGAAAAUGUAAAGUGUUAUCUUGCAAGAAUACUUCUUGAACAGAAUGUGAUGAUUGCUCUUAACUUGAAGAAAUAUCUUGAACUUGGUAACGAACAUUUAAUGAGAAAUUUUUUAAGCAAAUAUCGUGCAGGUGUGUCUUUCAAUCAAACAAUAACACAUGGAUCUUUGACUACAGAAAAAAUGGUUACAAUUAAAAACAAUGGAGAAAACCAAGAGAAUAAUGAUAGUAAUGGGAAUCAUCUCAAAGACAACGACGACCAAGAUAAUGACGAUGAUGAUGAUGAUGAUGAUGAUGAUGAUGAUAACAAAAGUGUUACUUCAAAUGCAUCAACAAGUACUACAGCUUCAUUUAGCAAUGUUAAGCGUGGUCGUCAGAACUAUCAGAAAUUUAUACAGGUGACAUUAUGUAGUAACUCCAAUGACUCACUAUUCAAGGCUGUCAAAGAAUUAGAAAGUUAUAGUUUAGUCAGCCAAUCAUGGUCGUUAACACAAGAUGAGAUAGCAUACAUUUUAAAUCAACCACAAAAAGGCAAUCCUCCACGAAAACAACCUGCAAAUCUUAAAAUAAUUUUCCAAAUUAAAUUUCAUUUUAUUGAUUUUCUUCGCUCCAUUCCUAAUGCUAUUGUACUGGUCUUUGUUAAAAAUCGACAUGGUGUCAUGUGUGUGGAACUGAAGGGAUUUCAAAAUCAUGUAGAUAAUACCGUAGCCAAACUAAAAACUUAUUUAGCUGACAAUGUUAAAACUGAAGUACAACUUUCUAUUUCAAAAGCGAUGGCAGUUUUUCUUCGAGCAAAAGCGUCAUCUGUCAUCAGAAACCUAGAAAGAACUAGUCGAAUAGAACUAAUAAUUAAUCCAGUAUUGCGUGACAGACAUGGAAAUAACAAAAAAGAAAAUGAUAAAAAUAAUUGCUUAAAACUCAUUGGUUCAAAUUCGCACAUCGAUGCAGCACAAGCAAAUAUUGAAAACUUUCUUGAGUCUUUAUCUGAACAAGAAAAACAAUUUCCUUGUCAAAGCUGGGAGAUUUCAACGAACAUCUCGGAAAUUCUUCGUUUACGUCUCAGAAAAUUACAGGAAUCAGAUGAUUUUGAUGCAAUAGGACGGAUUAAACGUUACACAGCGGCUGAGAAAAGAGAGAUAGAACCAAAUGUUGCUGUGUCAAUAGUUGGCUUCAAUGCAGAAGCAGUUGAUGGUCUAACUGAACAAUGCCAAAAUAUUAUAGAAGGAUAUGUUGUUUGGAAAUUAUAUGCAGAUGAUUAUCGUGCUAUACAUAAUAUGUUAAUAGUUAAAAAAUCGCCACCUAUCCAGGAAUUUCAAAAGCAAUGGGAUACUAAUAUACAAUUAGAUCCAGAAACAAGUACUAUCACUAUUCCUGGCUCAUCGAAAGAGAUUGCAGAUGAUAUUAAAGAAGCUUUACUCGGUUUGAGAGUAGAAAAAAAACCUCAAAUAAAGCGUAUUACUGAAUUUAUUCCUAUUCCAUUAGAUAGUCGUCGUUUUGUCAACCAAGCUAUCAUUUCGGUGCUUGAUGAAGCAAGAGCUCACAACGUUUUUAUCGAAUCUAAAAAUCGUGAUGGAUUGAAAUUGCAAGGUCGUUCUGAUAUUGUCGUAGAUAUCAAACAAAAGAUCAAUUCUAUUAUUGAUGAUAUUAAACAAAAGAUUGUGACAAGCCGCUUGCAGUUAUUACCAGACGAGUCAGACUUACUUCGAGCUAAUACAUAUAAGAUAGUCGUAUCUAUUGAGCGUAAGACGAACACUAUUAUUUGGGAUGUCGCAGCCACGAAGAGGAGUUCAACAUUAUAUACGUCUGAUGAUGCUGAUAUGAAUUUAGUUAUAACAAGUGUGGUCAAUAGUCGGGGUCAAACAAUUAGUGUACAAAAAGGAGAUAUUACAAAGACCAAACAUAUCAAUGCUAUUGUCAAUAUGGCACAUGGAACAUUAUACCAUGCAGGCGCACUCAAUAAAGCAAUAUUCGAUGCUGCUGGUCCUGCACUUGAUGAAGAAUGUAAACAAUUAAUUAUUGAUAAUGGUGGAUUACCCCUUGCUGCCGGUGAAGUAGUAAAGACAACUGCUGGAAAUCUUCCUUUCAAAUGCAUCAUUCAUGCUGUUGUUCCUCAAUUUAGGAAUGGUGAUCAAAAAGAACGUCACUUAUUAUUUUCCAGUAUCUUAUCUAGUUUACGACUGGCUGAAAAAGAACGCUGUGCCAUCGUUGCUUUGGCAGCUGUUAAUUCUGAUAUGGUUGGCUUUACACUACCAGAUUGUACGAAUAUUGUUGUUCGUGCAGUAAAGCAAUUCUUUGCUGAUUAUCCACAAUCAACAAUGAAAGAAGUUAUUCUAGUAGACACAAAUGACACAGCAUGUGAUUUAUUUGCACAUGAAGUUAUUGUCGAUCAUCGAAAUGUACUUGCAGAUGAUAAUGAUAUUGCGAAUGAUCAGUUGCUUCAGCUAACGGCUAAAUGGUGUUGCCAAACAAGUGAUGGCGAGAAGAUUUAUGAUGAAAAUCGUACAUGUCAAAUCGAGACCGAGUUUCAACAAUAUUUGAAAACGUUUACUGAAUCGACGCUUGUAAUUUCUACUGAUGAUUUAGAAAGUGAUACUAUUCUUAAUUACAGUAUCCAUUUUCGUUCUGAUUUAAAACAACUGUUGACAAGCAACCCAGAGGCAUUAAAUGGCCGCCUUGUCUGUGGACACCAAAUCAGUGAGAAUACCAGCUAUAAACACGAUCUCAUUCGUUAUCCAAUAGCACAAAAUAUACAAGCAACAACCGUUAAUUAUUUUCUUACGCCAUUGGAUCUAUACAGUUUGGAAACAGUAACAACUAAGGUUGACUGGGUUAUUACAAGUAUUAGCAGUUCUGCAAUAACUCAAGCUGAGAAAAGAAUUAGACAAGUGAUUGAUGAUGCUAUUAUUUCUGAGCCAUAUUCCGUCAAGUUGGAUAAAGAGAGUUCUAAACAUAGAGAACAGAUAAAAAAUAUUGCAACUCAACAGCGAAUUCAAAUUAAUUUCCAAGAAGAUAAUGCAGAACAACUCUCAAUGAUUUUAAAAGGUUUGAAAUCAAAUGUUCAAGAUGCAAAAUUGAAAAUAGCUAUAUAUUCUAACGAUAUCUUGAAAAUGCAAAUUGAGAACGAUGAAUUGAGCAUACCAAAAGAAUGGGAUGAUCAGCAAGAUAACUGCAAUUUGGUUGAGAUUAAUAGAAAUGAUCCUAAGUUUAUUAGCAUUGAAAAACGCAUGCAAGAAACGAUGAGUAAUGUGAAAAUAGAUAAAAUUGAACGUGUGCAAAAUGUACGUAUGUGGAGUCAUUAUGCAUCCCGUCGUCAACAGCUCAAAAAAGAUUUGUGUCUAACACCUAAUUUGGAGAUUGAAAUGGAACUGUUUUAUGGAACAAGAACAACGCCUCCCCGUGAAGUUUACAAUAGUGAGUACGGUUUCGAUAUGACUUUUACUACAAGUGGACCGUUGGGUAUUGGCUUAUAUUUUUAUAAAAAUGCGUCGUAUUCGUGUCCUAAUGAUUCAUUCGAAUCAUUAAAUGGUAGAUACCAAGUAUUCUUAGCUCAAGUUUUAACAGGAGAUGUAUAUGAUUGCCAACAGAAUAAUCCAAAUUUGCGUUGGCCUCCGAAAAAAAAUGGGUCAACUUCUGGUCUACGAUAUAAUAGUGUGUCAGGUGAUAAAGAUGGCAGUAAAGUUUACACAGUGUAUGAAAAUCGUGUGGCUUAUCUUACCUACUUAAUUACGUUUACUCCAUAG